AUGCGAAAGCACUGGCGCCAGGUCCAUCAAUGGUCCCAACAGACCCGCCGUGGCCGGGUUGGCCAGAGAGAGCGCACACAAGGGGCCGCUGAGCUCCGGCGUUCAUUCACCACCGUAGCGUGGCAGCAGAUCUUCCCAUCGGGCCCGGGGUCCCAUUACAUCCAUAUCCGCUUCCCAGAGGGCCACCCACCACCACCACCACCACCGCCCCCCGCGGACCAGGCCCAACGGGCCGUCGAUGCCAUCAUCACCGCAUGGGAUCAGGCUCGAACGGCCCAGGAACAACAGGCCGUCAUCCAGGCCGAUCGGAUCACCGAUGCUAACCCGUGGCUCCGCCGGACCGGGUGGGCACGAUACCUGGAAGGUGUGCACCCCCAGGACCUGCUCCGGCUGGUGGAAGCGCCCCCGAGGAGCCCCGGAUCCCAUUGA